AUGGCAGAUAGCUGGUGGGAUUCAAGAACAAGGCCUUGUUUGGAUUCAGUUUCUGUUACUUCCAUGAAUCUUUUUCAAGAAACCACCACCACCGCCACAACCAGUGGCGGCGGUGGCGGAGGUGGUGGCGGAGGUGGUGGUGGUGGUGGGGUGGUGGGCAACAACACCCAGAUGAUGGAAUUAGGUCUUUCAUCACAACCAAUAUCACAAUCGUUGGAUUGGAAUCAAGCUUUAUAUCGUGGAGAUCAAAGAAACGAUCAUCAUCAAAGUGGGUACCAAACCCUAAUUCAAGAAGAUCAUAGUUUGAGCUCAAACUCAAAUUUUCAAGAUUCCCAAUGGAAAUUAUCACAUAAAAUGUACUCGGAUUCGCCGUCGGAAUUCAAGCAAGUCAAUGUUAGAAGCUUUCGGUUAGACGAACCGGUGAAUUACAGCGACGAAAAUGGAUUAAAUCCAAGUUUUCAAUCAAUGGAUCAUUCCUAUGGAAGUUCAACCGUAAUACAAAGCUUAUUCGGUUCGGAUAAUACCACCAACCAGCAACAAGAUUCGGGUUUUGAUCAAAACCAAGCAAUGAGUACUUAUUCGUAUCAAUCUGGCUACGGUGGCAUCACCCUGUCCGGUGGCGGCACCGGUAGCGGAGAAUACCCUCCUCCGCCACAAGAAUUCUCAGUGAAUUCUUCGCCACCAAAAGUGCCGUCACCGAACAUUGCUUCGCAAUUACACUUUUCCAAUAACGCGCGAUUCUGGAAUGCAUCAGCAGCCUCCAUGAAUGAUGUUAGAUCAAGCUUUUUUCCUUUGCAAAUGCAAUCACCUUCAUCCACCAUUGAAGAUAAACCAAAGAAGACAGCAUCAGAAAUGGUGAAGAAAAGCAGCAACAAGCCAUCAUCAACAAAAAGACCCAGGAAUGAAAACCCACCAUUGCCUGCUUUUAAGGUGAGAAAAGAGAAGAUGGGGGACAGAAUCACUGCACUCCAACAAUUAGUUUCACCUUUCGGAAAAACCGAUACGGCAUCCGUGUUGUCUGAAGCUAUCGAAUAUAUCAAAUUCCUCCAUGAACAAGUUAAUGUUCUAAGUACUCCAUACAUGAAAAAUGGAGCUGCGGUCAUGCAACAGCAACAGAUUUGUUCAGAAAAAGCAGGAGAAGGAUCACCAAUUAGACAAGAUCUAAGAAGUCGAGGGUUAUGUUUGGUACCAAUUUCAAGCACAUUUCCAGUGACACAUGAAACAACAGUUGAUUUCUGGACACCAUCUUUUGGAGGAACUUUUCGAUAA